AGGAGGUGGAGGAGGGCCUGUGCGAAGGCUGUGCGAGCGCUGCCUUCCUGCUUCCACACAGUCAAGUCCUUCCCACCAGCGCCACAGCAACAUCCUCAGAGUGUGAGAGAACUGCGCCCAGAGCGGGCAUAAAGCCUCUUACUGCCAGCAACCUGCGGCCCGGAGCGGACCGCAAGAGCAGACACUGCACCUCGGCUCCACCAGCCCACGGACAGCCAUGGCGAAAAGCCGCAGGGACAGAAACAGCUGGGGUGGGUUUUCAGAGAAGUCAAGUGAAUGGAGCUCAGAAGAGGAGGAACCGGUGAAAAAGGCAGGUCCUGUCCAAGUACUCAUUGUCAAAGAUGACCAUUCCUUUGAGUUAGAUGAGGCUGCGCUGAACCAGAUCCUUCUCUCCGAGGCCGUCAGAGACAAGGAGGUGGUUGCCGUGUCCGUUGCUGGAGCCUUCAGAAAAGGAAAGUCCUUCCUGAUGGACUUCAUGUUGCGGUACAUGUACAACCAGGAAUCUGUUGAUUGGGUUGGAGAUUACAAUGAACCAUUGACUGGAUUUUCAUGGAGAGGUGGAUCUGAACGAGAAACUACAGGAAUCCAGAUAUGGAGUGAAGUUUUUCUUAUCAACAAACUUGAUGGUAAAAAGAUUGCAGUGUUACUGAUGGAUACUCAGGGAACCUUUGACAGCCAGUCAACUUUGAGAGAUUCGGCCACAGUGUUUGCCCUCAGCACAAUGAUAAGCUCAAUGCAGGUAUACAACCUUUCCCAAAAUGUCCAGGAGGAUGAUCUUCAGCACCUCCAGCUUUUCACUGAAUAUGGCAGGUUGGCAAUGGAAGAAACAUUCCUGAAGCCUUUUCAGAGUCUGAUAUUUCUUGUUCGAGACUGGAGUUUCCCGUAUGAAUUUUCAUACGGAGCUGAUGGUGGCGCCAAGUUCUUGGAAAAACGUCUCAAGGUCUCAGGGAACCAGCAUGAAGAACUACAGAAUGUCAGAAAGCACAUCCAUUCCUGUUUUACCAACAUUUCCUGUUUUCUCCUACCUCAUCCUGGCUUAAAAGUAGCUACAAACCCAAACUUCGAUGGAAAACUAAAAGAAAUAGAUGAUGAAUUCAUCAAAAACUUGAAAAUACUGAUUCCGUGGCUGCUUAGUCCUGAGAACCUAGAUAUUAAAGAGAUCAAUGGGAACAAAAUCACCUGCCGCGGUCUGCUGGAGUACUUCAAGGCAUACAUAAAGAUCUAUCAGGGUGAGGAGUUGCCACAUCCCAAGUCCAUGUUACAGGCCACAGCAGAAGCUAACAAUUUAGCAGCUGUCGCAACUGCCAAGGACACAUACAACAAGAAGAUGGAAGAGGUUUGUGGUGGUGACAAACCAUUUCUGGCCCCUAAUGACCUGCAGACCAAGCACCUGCAGCUAAAAGAAGAAUCUGUGAAGUUAUUCCGAGGAGUGAAGAAGAUGGGUGGGGAAGAAUUCAGCCGACGUUACCUGCAGCAACUGGAGAGUGAAAUAGAUGAACUUUACAUCCAGUAUAUAAAGCACAAUGAUAGCAAAAAUAUCUUCCAUGCAGCCCGCACCCCAGCCACACUGUUUGUCGUCAUCUUUAUCACGUAUGUGAUUGCUGGGGUAACUGGAUUCAUUGGUUUGGACAUCAUAGCUAGCCUGUGCAACAUGGUCAUGGGACUGACGCUUAUCACCCUGUGCACCUGGGCAUAUAUCCGCUACUCUGGAGAGUAUCGAGAACUGGGUGCUGUGAUCGACCAGGUAGCUGCAGCCCUGUGGGACCAGGGAAGCACAAAUGAGGCUUUACACAAACUUUACAGUGCAGCAGCAACCCACAGACACCUGUAUCAUCAAGCUUUUCCUGCACCAAAGUCAGAACCUACUGAACAACCAGAAAAGAAGAAAAUUUAACUUAAAAAAUUGCCGGUGCAUGACCAUUUGUUAGUUAACUAUCAAAGCUUUUGUUCCCAUGCAAACAUUCAAAGUGCUUCCUUCAGACAGAGUGAAAACCAAACACCUGAGGACUUGGAUAGUGUAAUUCUUUACUCCAGUGUUUAAUGAGCAGAUGUGUGUAUGCAUGGUUGUCUGUUAACGUACAAUUUCCUGAUUUCUGUCUUUAAAUAUGCUGUUAUCAUUUCAGGUAUUUGUAAAUUUGAGGACAAUAGAUGUGUUUUGCUUGACUUUUCUAAGUUCUGCUCCUGGGUUAUAAUUAAAUAUUGUGUGAUAUUACUCCAGGUUUGGAUAUGCUCAUUUAAUUUCUAUAGAAAAUUUUAGUUACUUUGCAUAGGUAUUUGUUAAAACACAUCAUAACUCAGCAGGCUUGACUUAAGCUAUAUAAUCUUAAACAUACCACAGGCUCUUUUCUUGAAAUAUAUUUAAGAGCUUAAAAGUUACUUUACCAAAAACUACACAUUGUUUCUUUUAUAUUUAUGACUUAAUAUAGAAUGUAACUCUCUUUAUCAAAAAAUGCACAAAUUUGUUUUGUAUGUGUUUGCAUUUCACUGCACUGUAUAUUUUUCAUUUGGUACACCAGAAAUGUAUUCUUCAUAGGUUUAUUCUUUUAACAUGUGAACUAUUAAACUUUACUGUUUCCUAACAUUAAAACAGAUGCUCACUGACUCCAGAGCUACUUGAGCGGUGCUCAUGUGGCAUGAGGGGCUACCCACUUAGUUCAAGAUGCAUUUUCUUUCUGAUACCAUGUCAGGACAAGAGUGGGUGCUCUGGGUGGUAUGACCAGACAUUAUUCCUGGAGUUACAGGCAUGUGUUGCUACCUGUAGCAUCCUUCAGUUCAUGAGGGUGGGAUGAAACAGGGUUUCUCUGUGUAGCCCUGGCUGUCCUGAAACUCGCUCUGUACACCAGAACUCAGAGAUCUGCCUGCCUCUGCCUCCAAAGUUCUGGGAUUAAACGCAAAUGCCACCACUGCCCGGCUUUAAUAUAUUUCUAAUGACUGAAAUCUUCAGCGGAGUUUUAUUAAGGAAAUCAAACCCCUUAGAGGAAAAUAAAAAAUAAGGUGGGAGGGAAGAGUAGUAAUAGGGGAGAUGGUGAAGCCUCUUGGCUAUCUGGGAGCUCUCAAACAGACAUUUAACUGUCUCAGAUAUGGUGAAUAAAAAAAAAAUAAUUGAGACAGAAGAGUAUGUGCAAGUUCAUAAGCUGUGUAUCAGUUUACACUCUAGAAGCACUCAGCCUUAUGUUCAGUAUUUUCCCUUUCCCCCUGAUAACAGCCCACUAGUCAUAGCCCACAACUUCUGCUUUCACUAUAGGCUUCCUUGGCUUGUGGGCCUUUUGAACAGAAAAGCAUCAAACAUUGUACUAA